AUGGGCUUACACAAGCGGGAAAAGAAUGGUCUGCUCUCAUACGAGAACCCAAACUACCACUUGGACCCGGCGCGCCUCGAGUCCGCGAUAUACAGCGAUCUGUACGACAUGCAUGACGACAAAAGCAUGCCUUUAGACUACAAUUACCUAGACAAUAGGAGAGUCGAAGACGAGGCGUCUUCACCUGUAAACAAAGCAAACGAAAAAAGCGGCCUCAUCACGCCGCCCCAACAGAAUGGUGGGGGGGAUUCACCCCCUCCAGAAAAAGAGAGGGCUGACCAGGAGGAUACGGAGAAAAGUCACUCCGGUCCCGUGCCGCACUGCGCAGAGGGACCCAACGAUGACCUCUAUGCCAUUCCCGUCAAAUUGCGCCCGAAGAAGGAAACGUUGCCUCCGGGUUGGGAGAAACAUGAAGACAACGAUGGCCCCUACUACUGGCACAUAAAAAGCGGCACUAUUCAACGGGAAAUCCCCAAAAUGCCACCCAUUGAAGCGAGAGAAUCUCGUAUAUCCAUGGUAAGGGACUGUUCGAACUUGUCAGAUGUCAAAUAUGAGGGGGGUAUGACGUCAUCCGUCACCAGAAGUACUACCAGUGGGGCUUUAGACCAAGAUCAUCAAGAGGCUGAGAGGAAACGAAGAGAAGAAGUUGCUUAUAAACGUCGCAGUUACCCAGCUCGUCCAGAACAAGAUGGCAGAGCAGUUCGUUUCUUCGUCCGUUCCCUAGGAUGGGUGGAGAUUUCUGAAACCGACCUAACCCCGGAACGUUCGAGCCGCGCAGUCAACAAGUGUAUCGUGGACUUGAGCCUUGGUCGCAAUGAUUUAUUAGACCAAGUUGGGCGUUGGGGUGAUGGAAAAGAUCUAUUUAUGGAUCUAGAUGAUGGGGCGUUAAAACUAAUCGAUCCAGAAAGUCUAAACACUUUGCACACACAGCCGAUACAUACUAUACGUGUUUGGGGUGUCGGCCGAGACAACGGACGGGAUUUCGCAUACGUAGCCCGGGAUCGAGUGACGCGUAAGCACAUGUGUCACGUGUUCCGCUGCGAGGCGCCCGCGCGCUCCAUCGCCAACGCGCUGCGGGACAUAUGCAAGAGGAUCAUGAUAGAGCGGUCCCUGCAGCCUCCGCCGCGCCCCACCGACCUGCCCGCGGCCAGGCGGCCUAGGCCUUUGUCUGGCGCGUCGUUCCCCACGCCGAUGGAGGAGCCGCGCAAGACGGUGCGCGCGCGCUACCUGGGCAGCGCCGUGGUGGCGCGCGCCACCGGCAUGGACGUGCUCAACGACGCGCUGGAGCGCCUGGCGGCCGCGCGCGCGCCCUCCGCCUGGCGCGCCGUCGCCGUCGCCGUCGCGCCCUCCAUGAUCACCAUCACGGAGGAGGGGGAGAGCACGCCGCUGGUGGAGUGCCGCGUGCGCUACCUGUCGUUCCUGGGCAUCGGGCGCGACGUGCGGCGCUGCGCCUUCAUCGUGCACACGCCGCACGACGCCUUCGUGGCGCACGCCUUCCACGCCGAGCCCAGCUCCGGCGCGCUCUGCAAGACCGUCGAGGCCGCCUGCAAGCUACGCUAUCAGAAGUGCCUGGACGCGCACGGCGGCGCGGGCGUGGGCGUGGGCGUGGGCGGCGGCGUGGGCGUCGGCGCGGGCGUGGGCGUGGGAGUGGGCGCGGGCGCGGACGGGCGCGCCUCCAUCGGGCAGGCGCUGAAGUCGUUCGUGGGCUCACUCACCGGCCGCCGCGCCUCC